AUGGGCAAGUCUUUUGCAAGGGUUCACUUAUGCUCGGCUGGGAGGCUCGGAGACAGCGGUAAUAAAAUUCCGCAAUGGGUUCAAGCAAACGGCGGAAGGUAUUCUAAGCAAGUCAUUCACGAUGUGACGCACCUAGUUACAGCCAAGGACGCCUAUAUGAACAACAUCCCUGCAGUCAAAGAAGCCAGACGUCUCGGGACUGUUAAGAUAGUAUCAUAUGAAUGGUUGGAGGAUUCUCUACUUUCCCGUACCCGGACACCAAAACGGGAAAAGGCAUAUCUCAUUGAGAAUAUCCUAAAGGAGGAAAGGAGAGCUGCAAAGGAGAAAGCCAGGAAGACCCCAAAGCAACAGGGUAAGUCUACAAAACAGGCAGCAGGCAAGCUUACUAGAAAAGCAAAUAUAAAAGGCCCUUUAGGUGUCAACCGUGGGAAAAACGCAGGCUCCACUACAUCGGGACAUCAUGUUUACACGGACAUGACAGCCUGUCUAACAUACAAGGCAACGCUUGUCCGACAGACAAUCGCGAAGCGUAACGAGAGAUUCCAGCUUACGAUCUACGAAUCCAAUGGUAAACCGUGUACGUAUGAAACCGAAUGCAAAUAUAGCCGUGUUGGUAAAUCAAACUCCCAGAUCCUUGCUCCAACCGGAAGCAGCUUGGACACGGCCCUGACAGCAUUUGAACGGGUUUUCGAAGAAUAUACGGGAAAGAGCUGGGCGCUACGUGAGGACGGAAUCCUGCCCGAGCCUAAGAGAGAUAGUGAAGGUAACCUCGUACCUCCCCAUGAGGGCUGGUACAUCUACGAAGCCACCACGAACAUGUUCCUCGACUUCAUCCAGAACGGCUCGACCAGCAGCGCCGAUGCAUUUGGAAAGUAA